AUGUGGCUGAAGGCCAUGGCUCUAGUUGUGGGAGGCCCUUGGUGGUAUAAAGGUCCUGCCCACCUGCUUGGCAGCUCCUGGAAGGUGCAAGAUGUCCUUACGGGAAGCAGUGGAGAUGUUGGAGUGGAGCUCACAUUUGUCAAGAGCAAAGAGGACUCCUGUCCUAUUGAAUUUUCAGUUGUCUCUAGUGCCUCCACCACAAAGACCUGUUUGUCGGCUGCCAAAUUGCUGUCUGAGUCUGGGGUCAGCGUGGUGGUUCUUGAGGCCCGGAACAGAGUCGGAGGAAGGACAUUCACUAUCAGGAAUGAACAAGUUAAUUACGUGGAUGUUGGUGGAUCAUAUGUGGGACCUACACAAAACCGGAUUCUCCGACUGGCAAAAGAGCUGGGUGUUGAGACCUAUAAAGUGAAUGUCGAAGGUCAUAUGAUGCAUUAUAAGGGGGGAAAGUCACGCUGCUUCACGGGUAUUUCCCCUUCAACAUGGAAUCCCUUAGUUUAUCUGGAUUACAAUAACUUCUGGAGGACCAUGGACAAGAUGGGAAAAGAGAUUCCUCCUGAAGCACCAUGGGAUGCUCCACAUGCUGAAGAAUGGGACAAAAUGACCAUGAAAGAGCUGAUGGAUAAGAUUUGCUAUACCAAAGCUGCUAAAGAGUUUGCCACCUUAUUUGUGAACGUUAACGUCACGUCUGAGCCUCAUGAAGUCUCCGCGCUCUGGUUCCUGUGGUACGUGAGGCAGUGUGGGGGCACAGCCAGGAUUUUCUCAAUCACCAAUGGGGGCCAGGAGAGGAAGUUUAAAGGGGGUUCUGGUCAGAUAUCAGAGAAAAUAAUGGAACGCCUCAAAGGCAGAGUUAAACUGGAGAGACCUGUGGUCCGUAUUGAUCAGACAGGUGAUAAUGUCAUUGUGGAGACUCUAAACCAUGAGAUAUAUGAGGGCAAGUACGUGAUCAGUGCUAUCCCUCCAAUCCUGACAACAAAGAUUCAUUACAAACCAGAACUGCCGCCAAAGAGAAACCAGUUAAUUCAGCGUUUGCCUUUGGGAAGUGUCAUAAAAUGCAUGAUGUACUACAAGGAAGCCUUAGGGAAAGUGAAGGACUUGUGUGGUUGCUUCGUCAUUGAGGAUGAAGAAUCUCCAAUUGGAAUAACCAUGGAUGAUACAAAACCUGAUGGAUCUUUCCCUGCCCUUAUGGGUUUUAUCCUUACCAGAAAAGCUGUUAAACUGGCCCAUCUCAGUAAGCAAGAGAGGAAGAAGAAGAUCUGUGAGGCAUAUGCCAAGGCAAUGGGCAUGGAAGAGGCUUUACAUCCUGUGCAUUAUGAAGAAAAGAACUGGAACAUGGAGCAAUAUUCAGGGGGUUGUUACACAGCCUACUUCCCACCAGGCAUAAUGUAUUCUUAUGGAAGGAUCAUUCGCCAGCCCGUUGACAGAAUCUACUUUGCUGGCACGGAGACAGCUACCCAAUGGAGUGGAUACAUGGAGGGGGCCGUACAGGCAGGAGAGAGAGCAGCCAGAGAGAUAUUGCACAGUAUGGGGAAGAUCUCAGCAAAUGAAAUCUGGGUGCCAGAGCCAGAGUCAAAGGAUGUCCCAGCCCGACCGUUCACCACCAGCUUCUGGGAGAGGAACCUGCCAUCCGUGCCAGGACUGCUGUGCCUGCUUAGCUCUACCCUGUGUUUCACCUCUGUGGCUGCUGCAGGGCUGUUUGCCUAUAAAAAGGGACUACUAAUGCGAAACUAG